CAGAUCCCACCAAAGCUCGACCUGCCCUCGCCGCGCGGCUGGACAGCCCGGCUGGUCGAUUUUCUUGCUCCUGUCUGAAAUAUGCCUUAUAACCUUACAAGUUUUCAGAAGACCACUGUGUUUCACGGGGAUAAAGAAUAUUGCAUCUGCUUCAUAGCAGGAGGAUGUUGUAUGUGUUACAGCUUAACUUUGUUCUACUUUAAACCUAGAUAAAGGAUGAAGACUGUACCAUUUUGAUUACCUCCUCUAGGGCUCAAAGAGAACCAUUUCCCCUGCCCUCCAUUUGCUAAUGGCUCAGCUUGACCUCACUGGCACACAGAUAAACGUGCUGCUAAACAAAAAAUCCAGUAGCAGGAACCACCUCAAUGCCCAAAGCUCCUCUGCCCCUGCUGGUGUUGGAGGCUCUCUGUGACCAGCUAAAAGCCGAAUGACAAGAGUCUCCAGAGCUGCUCCUGUGAAGUUUGUGUGUGACUGGACAGUGCUGCCACCCCUGUGAGAGAUGAGACCAAGACCCUGCACGGUGAUGGCUCUGCGAGCUCCAGCUGCGAGGGUCGUGCACACCGAGCUCCAUGCUUUGUCUCCAGAGUGAUCUUCGUCCUUAAGCUCAUCCCACUUCUUGUCACAAGAUUUGCUUUUGGAAUUUAGACCACCACUAUUUCGCCCCCCCUGCCCCCCCCGUUUUGCACAAAGACUGUUAAUAGGACUGUUAGUGGAAUGAGCAAAGCCAGUAUUCACAGGGUCUAACUCCGUACCAAUAGCACCUUUUUGCCCCAGAAUGCCUUACAAAUGCCACACAGCACCCGUGCCCCGGUGUACAACUUGGCCUGACAUUUCUCUUGGCUUAGGCACCACCUCAGCCUCCCCAGCUGACUUUUAGGGACGUUUCAGGCCGUAGCAUCUCCUCCAGCGAGCCAGGCACCAGCUGCCUGUCAGGUCCGGGAGCUCUCCCCGUGGAUGUGCUCGGAGCUGACGAGGCCAUGCGCGCAUCCCGCGGGCUGAGGCCGUCCCGCUGAGCUCCUGCAGUGCCCGAGGGAUGGCAGAAGGGGGGGAGGCCGGCGCUCCUCCCGUCCGGCUCUGGGUGCGGCGCGUGGGGGUUUACUGCGAUGAGCACCGCAAAACCUGGCUCGUGGCUGCGGAAGAGGAGGAAGGUAUGCUGAGGGCUCGGAUCCAAAGAGUUCAGGUUCCCCUGGGUGAGGCGCUGCGACCCAGCCAGCUCCCCCCAUCCCGGCUGCCUCACAUGUGGCAGCUGUCCCAGGGUGAGCAGUACAGGGAUAGUAACUCUCGCGUUUGGGAGAUAGAGCACCAUCUCAUGCUUGGUGGUGUUGAAGAACUGCUGCUUAAACUCGUGCCUGGGGAUUAAUCUGGAGCAGUGGCUCUAGGAAGAUGCCAUUGUCUGUUUUGUACAAUAAAAGAUUCUCUCUCCACUGAAAUGCAGCCACCUCUGAGGUGGAAGCAGUUAAACAACACACAGCAACAUCACAC